AUGAUCCAGAUGGAUCGUCUGUACUCUGCCGACGAUCUGUACACGGUUCGGCAGGGAGAAGACGAACACUUACGGGAAUACGCUGCGCGCUUCAGUCAUGAGUACUCGAGGUGUCCGAAAACGGAUGAUAGGGCAGCGUACGACGCCUUCAAGAGUAGCAACUGGCGCACAUAUGACGAACUGAUGAAGCAGGUGGCAGUCCACGCCAAGGCCGAAUAUUUCAACUCCAAGCCCGGGCCUUCGGCUCGGCAGGAGGAAUCGGCACCCAAGAGCUAUCCAGGGCGGAUUGACGACUCUUCGGCAGGACACAAUCGAAAGGACGACAGUGAUCAUCGGCAAGGUAACUCAAAGAAAGGGCGUGGGAAAUACGGUCGCAACGACCACCGAGCGCCCCUGCCGAAUCUCGACCGCGCUCAGGAAGUCUUCACUCUGUUAAAUACAACAUAUGAGGCCGUCCUGAUGAACGAGCAUGAAAAAAUCCCGAAACCAAACAACCGAAAGCCUAAUCGGCAGGACAAUCAGGAUACUGGCAAAUUUUGCCGAUAUCACCAGCAGAACAGCCACAACACCGAAGACUGCAUUAGUCUGAGGAAGAUCAUUGAACGGCUGAUUCGAGAGGGAAAGCUGGACCAAUACAUUGCCAGACCCCAACAGGCACCAGCCCCUAACGCGAAUUGA